AAUUGGACAGAAAGAUCUCAUCUGGCAGAUUGUCAAGUAGGAGAAGCGUACAGCGGGGCUCAACUGACAAGCAGCUAUGCUCGCCGUGAGACAGAUUACGCGGGCUUGUUGUUUCGGUGAACGGUCCUUCUCGCUCUCUAUAGGACCACGUCAACGUCCAGCUUGGUUCACCAACAACUUUUCAUAUCAACAGCCCUAUUCAAGGCCAUCUGCACACAUUCGGGCUGCUCGUGUGAAUACUGCGUCGAAUCCUAUAUUCCAAAAGAGUGCAUGGAAAUGGUGGCGAGCAAGGCGUAUCCCUCCUUCACUCGUAUCGACGAACCAGCACCCACGGCGGGCUAUCAGGGGCAAAGUGUUACUGACAUUCAUUGCCUUCGCGGGUGGCACUGUGGGUGGAUUCUACCUGUACGACCCGGCAAACUUCAACCAUAAUCGUCUUGCUCUUGUUAGGAGCUAUCGUACCGCCGUGACAGCCGCCCUGAUUGCUAUUGAUUACAAAUGGAGCCUGAGAAAGGGACCCGAUCUAAUUGGCGCCGAAGAGUACGAGCGGGUGAAGAGCGCAUGUCAUAAGAGGGCUGCAAAUAGAAUGCUGGAGCUGUGCAAGACCAAUCAAGGAAUCUACAUAAAGCUGGGCCAGCACAUCGCCGCCAUGGUCUUCUUACUUCCUCCUGAGUAUACAGAGACUAUGCGUCCCCUUCAGGAUCGUUGUCCUCCCACACCGUUCUCCGACGUCGAGGCACUGUUCCAGAGCGAUGUCGGUUAUUCAAUCUCAGAAAUGUUUUCCUUCUUCGACCCAACGCCCCUUGGGGUUGCUUCACUGGCACAAGUCCAUCGGGCCCGCCUGUUGACUGGUGAAGAGGUUGCCGUGAAAGUUCAACAUCCGUACUUGGAUGAGUACACACCCGUCGAUAUUUCAACAACAGCCUUUCUUGUACGGCUCGUCAAAAAGAUAUUUCCGGAAUUUGAGUUUGAAUGGCUUGCGGAAGAAAUGCAACAAAGCUUACCACAAGAGUUGGAUUUCGUGCAUGAAGCAAACAACGCAGAGCGCGUUCGAUCCUUAUUCGCCGGUAACGCGAUUCUCAAGAUACCGAAGGUGUAUUGGGCUGCUCGACGGCUUCUUAUAAUGGAAUUUGCCGACGGAGGAAAGAUUGACGACCUUCAUUAUUUGAAUGCAAACGGCAUAAGUCCGCAAGAGGUGUCGGCCCAGCUAUCCAGAAUCUAUUAUGAAAUGAUUUUCUUGCACGGAUUUGUGCACUGCGAUCCUCAUCCUGGCAACAUCUUUGUACGACCUCGUCCCCGCCCUUGGCUAUCACGCAUCCCGUUCCUUGGGUCUUUAGUCACACGCAAUCCCUACAACUUCGAAAUCGUCCUUCUUGACCACGGCCUUUACCGUCAGCUUCCUGAUGAAUUCCGCUUAGACUAUGCUCAUCUUUGGACGUCAAUAUUGGCUGGAGAUGAACCGGGAAUAUUGAUGUACAGCUAUCGCCUGUUCACCCAUGACAAGGAGAGUAGAAGUAAGAGAGCCUCUGAGGACGGAAUCGACCAUCACCGCCUCUUUGCUUCCAUGCUGACUGGCCGCAGCUGGGAGGUUAUUUCCGAUGCUAAUAAAAGUGGGAUGGGAAUUGCGCAAGCUCGAACAACGCACGAGUUUCAGGUUAUACGUCAGAAAGCCGCCAGCGGCCGCUUCUUCUUAGCCAUUGCCGAUAUCCUUUCCAAACUUCCUCGGGAAUUACUGCUGCUACUGAAGACAAACGACCUCCUACGGGCUGUUGAUGAGUCUCUUGGUGUUUCCGGCAGCAGUGCUUCUGACCACAUGUUACGUACCGUCGCCACAAUGGGAUGGUAUUGUGCACUCGCAAUCAAACGUGAGACGAUACGUCAAAUGGUCAAAGAGCGUAUAGAACAAGGAAAGUUGAGACCUGUAUGGACGGAACCACGUUUUUGGAGAAGUUUAUGGGACUUCUGGGGCGUUGGUCUGAAGGUGUGGCUUUUGGAAUGGUUUGUGUGGGGGAGGACAAUAUGGAAAUGGGCUUCCAGGUCCCCAAAGGGCACAGGAUUUGAAAAUCCCCAUGUAGUCUUUGCAUAGAGAAUGUUUGAGAACACCAUGCGGAAGCAAAUAGAAUACAGGUGCGCUCCCUAUUACCACUAUUUAAAUAGACUUGUCCCCGCGUACUCUGUCGUUGAAUAGGCGCAGAUCGUUGGCGACCAUCCCCCUUGGCCACAAACCAUUGUCCGAUCACUGUCGCAACGGUCUUACUAUUUAUGUUGAACGGACGAUUGUAUGGCCCUUUUCAUUGCGAAAACACAAGACUGUAC